AUGGAAACUCCUUGCACGACCGUCACAUGGGCAUCUCACACUGUAACAGUCCCAAAGGUUGGAUUUAGCACCGUACCUGCUGGCAGCACGACAUCGGUUGUACUGGUAAUUCCAACAUCAUCCACUGCCCCAGCAGCAUCAGCUACUUCUCUGGCGACAACGAGCCACUGCUCUAAAUUCAAAACCAUUACAACAGUCGUUCCUUGUGACUGCGAAACCUCGCUCCCUACGCACCCUGCUACAGCCGUUUCCCCCGGCGUGGCUCGAAAUUAUCGGCAGGAUAUCUUUUGA